AUGUCAACAGUGUUCGCCCCUGAUAACAACCCAUCCCAGAGCAAAAUGGACAGCGACUUAAAGGCUGACAUUGUCGCCUGUGUUAGGAGCGAGAUGGCCAAAUUAAAGGGCCAAAUCUCCACGCAGCUUCAACAGCAGGCACGAUCUGCCUCAUACGCCCAGGCCGCUGCGACUAGCAGAGGGCCAGGCACUCAUCCUAAUAUGACUGCUGGGCCACCAGCCCGCGAUCCACCUGUCAACAAGCCAGCCAUCGUGGUGACUCCAAAGUGUAAUAUUGACCGUUCAAAAAAAAGUUUACACGAAUUUAUUAUUUUUUUCAUGGCAGGUGAUUUUCAAAUUGCGUUGCUGGCGGAGCCAUAUGUUGGCUCAGGAAAUGAGGUGCGACCAAUUCAGGGCCUCAACAUAUACCAAUUUAGUCAAAAAGGCAGAGUCAAGGCUUGUAUACUCACCAAACGAGGUUGUGGCCAGGUACUAGGCAUGUCACAAUACUCCAACACAAAUUUUUGCGUUAUUCAAUUCACGAGCGGCGGCCAAAAAAUGCUAAUAGCUUCCGCAUAUAUUGAGCCGGAUUCUGACGGCAAUAAUACUUUAGAGCACAUUGAUAAUUUUCUCCAAACCUCCCGAUGCCCCAAUACCAUUAUAGGUGGUGACUUCAAUGGAUGGCAUCACAUAUGGGGCAGUAAGACCAACAACCCCAGAGGAUGUGCGGUGGUGGAGCAGGCAUAUGCAAAUGACCUCUUCAUCUGCAAUAUCGGCAGCUCACCCACUUUUGAAACCGUCACACACGGCAGGGAUCGGACUUCUAUAAUAGACCUCACAUUGGCGCAUGGAUACAUAUAUGACCGUAUAGUCGGGUGGAAGGUCAACCUCAACGCCUGCCCCUCGUCGCAACACAACGCUGUGGAAUACGAGAUUGAAAUUGGGAAUUCUUUCUCAAAUUCGUCAUCAAUAACCAACUCCACAUUUAAAUAUAACAGCAACAAGGCCAAUUGGGGAAUAUUCAAGGAUGCACUUCACACGCUUAUGACCAACACAGACAUAUUAGAGAGAGACAUCGGAUCGCUUAAUACAGCUGGCUUGGAAAACUUGAUUGAUGACAUCUGCGAAGUAAUUCAUAAAGCGUGUGAAGAAUCUAUGCGGACAAAGAAAGGCCAAUCCCUGACGAAGCAUCGCCCGCUAUGGUGGACGGAAAGAUUGAUGGGCCUCAAAAAGGAGGUCAUCCAGUUACACCACCGACACAACCGAAUGAGACGUCAGAAUCUUCCUUUAGACCAUUUGGCAGAGGAGUUAAAAAACAAAAAAGCAUUAUAUGCGGAAGAACUGAGGGCGGAGUGUUCCAGGAGUUUUAAGGAGACAAACAAAAGAAAACGUUCGGACUCUCACGAAUAG